GGCGAAGCGUUGCUAAGAAAGAUGAAGUUGACCAAUUAUCUCUUCGCGACCGGAACAUGCUCGGCAUACCUUGUUCCACUUGCUCAUGCGGCGAACGUUUCAAACCCUCAUGAUAGUGCAGUGCAAAACGCCACAGCAUUUGCAAUUCAGUAUGCGUAUCCAAUAUCUCAAUGGCAACAAGCUGUGACGAACAUCCUGGAUGCCGUCGACAAAACGAACACUCUAUGGCCAUAUCAUAUACUUUCCGGCCCCUUAAAUCGCACUAUAGUCGGUCCAAAUGCAGACACGCUGUAUAUUUGGGCGGCUAUCGACUUAUCGCAUGAAGACCUCGUCUUGACCAUCCCCAACAUCAGUGAUGGAAGAAACUGGAUAUGGCCUUUCUAUGACCUUUAUGGCAGCAAUUUUGCCUGGAUGUCAAUCAAUGAGGACUCGCCACCCGGGGACUAUCUGAUCAGACGUGCAGACGAUGCACUUGUUCAACCAGGAAUUGAAUACGCUAACCCGUCUGAAUCAUCUGAUUACAAAGGUGUAAUUUCGUAUGCCACCACUUACGGUAUCAUGCUUGGUCGUAUCCUCGUACGUCAAAACACCACGGAAGAUAUUGCGACCAUACGCAACUACGAAGACCAGACCUUCCUCAAAACAGUUCCUCGUACACUAUCUCAGCCUUUCGUAGCACAAGCACCUAGACUGACACGUGAUCUUAUCGAUACCUCGAAUGCCACUGAUAGAGUCACUGGCUACCUAGAACUGCUUGCCAAGAUCGGACAGUUCAAUCAACCCGAAAUACUUGCAGAUCGGUACCGAGUAGCGUCCAAACUUGGUCUUGCUGGCAUUGCGGAUGGAAUUUACACUCCACCUCGGACAGUUAACCUAACUGCUGCUACCAUUGCAGCAAACGCAAGCAUCUCCGCGGCUUACUCCCAAAACUUGAUCGAUGUCGGCAACAACUGGGUCAUCCCGAAAGUAAAGUGUCAAGGCAUUUUCGGCCUCGAAUACGGCUGCCGUGCUUACCGCGCUCUCCGCGGUUAUCUAGGCCUGGUACAAUCCGAGAACCUCUUCAUCACCAACAAAUCGGAUAACUUGACCUUGAGUGCAACGUCGGCCUUUCUCUUCACCUUCUCUGGCAAGCCGCCGAUCAAGUCGACCGGAUUUUGGAGUUUGACCGUGUAUGGAGCGGACCAGUAUCUAGUGCCCAACGAACUGGGUCGGUACGUCAUUGGAGACCGAAGCACGCAGUUGAAGUAUGAGAAUGGUGGCCUAGUAUAUGGUGGCGAUGGAGCGCUUUCCAGGAACGGCACGGAGGAUGGGCAAUUCCAGGUUCUAUUGCAACCUGCUGAUAUCCCCCCACCCAAUAACUGGACUAGCAACUGGCUUCCGGCCCCAGCGGGUGGCGGUAAGCUUCUAUACUCGAUACGGUUCUACUCACCAGCAGAGGCUUUCACCAAUGGGUCAUACAUAUUCCCAACUGUCGAAACCAUUGGUGCAAUCACGGCUUGAGGACAAUUUGUUCUUGAAAUGGCUCGUACAUCGAGGAAUUGAAAAGAAAAUACGUGUAAUAUUGCUUCUUAUAUCUGCCAGAGCCAGUAUCAGUUGCGGGCAGCUAUAUUCCAUCAAUCCGUGAACACGUUUUAGCUUGCAUAUCUCAGUAUGCACGCGAGAAAUACUUUCUAACGUGCCACGACACCUGCAUAUGUUUCGCGUUCUCUAGCAGACCUCGUGCAGGGUCCUGAGCGCCAGAAAAAACAAGAGAUUCUC